AUGGACGAGCCGAUUCCCUGCGGGCCCGGUGGUUUCCAGUGCGAAAACAUCGGACCCGAGUACUACUGCAGCAAGCAGUUCUGGGAGGGGCCGAACUGGGGCAUCACCAACUUCGACAAUUUCGGCUUGGCAAUGUUAACCGUCUUCCAGUGUGUGACGCUCGAGGGCUGGACCGACGUGCUCUACAGCAUCGAGGACGCGAUGGGAAGCUCGUGGCAGUGGAUUUACUUCAUCUCCAUGGUCAUACUCGGCGCUUUCUUCGUGAUGAAUCUGAUUCUCGGUGUACUGUCCGGCGAAUUCUCGAAGGAGAGGGAGAAGGCAAAGGCGAGGGGCGAUUUCCACAAGCUGCGGGAGAAGCAGCAGAUCGAGGACGAUCUCAGGGGUUAUCUGGACUGGAUCACGCAGGCCGAGGACAUCGAGCCGGAAACCGACGAGCCGAAAAUGCAGGAUGGAAAGACGAAACAACAGAGCGAGAUGGAGAGCACGGAUCAAUUAGAGGGUGACGAGGAGGGGGUUCAACAGGAAUCCGUCUGGAGGAGGAAAAAGCUGGCUUUCGACAGAGCGAACAGGAGAAUGAGGAGGGCCUGCAGAAAAGCCGUCAAGUCGCAGGUUUUCUACUGGCUGAUUAUAGUAUUGGUUUUCCUGAACACCGGCGUUCUCGCGACCGAGCACUACAAUCAGCCUCAAUGGUUGGACGACUUUCAAGGUACGAGCAUCAAUUAAUCCCCGUUGGACAACUCACGGUUAAAAGUAUCCUUGUUUCUCUCGAUUCUACACAGAGAUCACGAACAUGUUCUUCAUCGCGCUGUUUUCCAUGGAGAUGAUGCUGAAAAUGUACAGCUUGGGAUUUCAA